GAGUCGCAUCCUACCUGGCUAGGAGGUGUACCACUGCUCCCUACUCUCUCCCUGCUUGGAUGCCGCGGGCUGCUAGGAAGUGGGAGCAAAAGAACUGGCAUGCAAGCUUGAGCGAGUGCGGCUGCCUGAAAGCUAUCCCGAUGGGGUUCUGGAAAGCUUUCCUCUUCACCCCUUUUCUUCUGUGGAAUCAAAGUAGAGGGGUGAGAUUGAUGUUCUUGCUACUGACCCUACAUCUGGGAAAUUGUGUUGAUAAAACAGAUGAUGAAGAUGAUGAGGAUUUGACAGUGAAUAAAACUUGGGUCUUGGCACCAAAAAUCCAUGAAGGAGAUAUCACACAAAUUCUCAACUCAUUGCUUCAAGGAUAUGACAACAAACUUCGUCCAGAUAUAGGUGUGAGGCCCACAGUAAUUGAAACUGAUGUUUAUGUGAACAGCAUUGGACCAGUUGAUCCCAUAAACAUGGAAUACACAAUAGAUAUAAUUUUUGCCCAAACUUGGUUUGACAGUCGUUUGAAGUUCAAUAGCACAAUGAAAGUACUAAUGCUUAACAGUAAUAUGGUAGGGAAAAUUUGGAUUCCUGACACAUUCUUUAGAAAUUCCAGAAAAUCGGACGCUCAUUGGAUAACAACUCCUAAUCGUCUGCUAAGAAUUUGGAAUGACGGUCGAGUUCUAUACACAUUAAGGCUGACAAUUAAUGCAGAAUGUUAUCUUCAGCUUCAUAAUUUUCCUAUGGAUGAACAUUCCUGUCCACUUGAGUUUUCCAGCUAUGGAUAUCCUAAAAAUGAAAUUGAAUAUAAAUGGAAAAAGCCCUCCGUAGAAGUGGCUGAUCCUAAAUACUGGAGAUUGUAUCAGUUUGCAUUUGUAGGUUUACGAAACUCAACUGAAAUUUCCCACACAAUCUCUGGGGAUUAUGUGAUUAUGACAAUUUUUUUUGAUCUGAGCAGACGGAUGGGGUAUUUCACUAUUCAGACCUACAUCCCCUGCAUCCUGACUGUUGUUCUUUCUUGGGUGUCUUUUUGGAUCAAUAAAGAUGCAGUACCUGCCAGAACAUCACUUGGUAUCACAACAGUUCUGACCAUGACAACCUUGAGUACAAUUGCCCGGAAGUCUUUACCCAAGGUUUCCUAUGUAACUGCGAUGGAUCUCUUUGUUUCUGUUUGUUUCAUUUUUGUUUUUGCAGCCUUGAUGGAGUAUGGAACCUUGCAUUACUUUACCAGCAACAGAAAAGCAAAGACAACUAGAGACAAAAAGCUAAAAAACAGGGCCUCAAUGUCCCCUGGUCUCCACCCUGGAUCUACCCUGAUUCCAAUGAGCAGCACCUCUCUGCCCCAAGGAGAGGAUGAGUACGGCUAUCAGUGCUUGGAGGGCAAAGAUUGUGCCAGCUUCUUCUGCUGCUUUGAAGACUGCAGAGCCGGCUCCUGGCGGGAAGGCAGGAUCCACAUCCGCAUUGCCAAGAUUGACUCCUAUUCUCGAAUAUUUUUCCCAACAGCUUUUGCCCUGUUCAAUCUUGUCUACUGGGUGGGCUAUCUUUACUUAUGAGUUACACUUACUGGGCAAAACUCUUUAAGAUUUCUGACUAAAAUCCAUUGUGAUCUGUAGCAAUUCAGUAAAAGGAAGAUUAAAUUUAAAGCACAGGGAAACCAAUGGGAACAGUGUGACUAGAAUUAUAACUGACUGACAGCUGGCAUUGGUAAAUAAAGGAGUAGCUUUUAAAUGAAUUAAAAUUACAUGAACCCAAUUGAUUUUACAAUUCAUAACAUUAAAACACCAUAUAGGACCACAAUUAUUACAUUAUUUUUUUAAAAAUUUGCUUAUAUUUUACUAGCAUUUUAGAGGAGCAUAAUUUUUACUUUAAUUUUUCUUUAAUUUACUUACAUUUUGUUAGAAUUCUGAAAUUCCAAGUGUUGUGACUCAUAUUUAUUGAUCAGUUUAUAAAUAUUUUAUUUAGAUAUGAUUUGUUUAUGAUUUUAAGUGGAACUAAUAUCUAAUAUUUGUGUAAUAAUUCUUAUCCUUGAAGUGACUGCUAAUUUUUCCUGUUGCUUUUUAGUUUUUUGUAGUCUUUGGAAAGUAACUAACUAAAAGCUUAAAAUUGUGAUUUCCUUAAUUUUAUGUUCAAAAUGUUUUAACUCCAUGAAAAAUUGAUUUGAAUUUCUGAAUUCAAUUUUUCUUGAAACUUUAUCAAUUUUUGGCUACCAAGCAAUAUUAUGAUUUAUGAAUACAAUAUGGAAUAAGUAUAUGAACUCUGUUAAGGAUUGUUAAAGACAGAUGAAAUAGCAAAGUUUUAUCUUUGGUCUAGUUCACAUCCU